GGAACCGCCGGAGUCGCAGCCGCUCCGCAUGGCCAACGUCGCCAAGAAGGUGUCGUGGUCCGGUCGCGACCCCCGCGACGACGAGGACGAGCGUGCGGGGGAGACAACCCCGCUGCUCAACGGAACCGGGCCCGGCGCGGCGGGCGGCGCCCGGCAGUUCACUCCUUCCUCCUUUCUGCGCCCUGGACAGCUGAGCAAUGUGGAUCUCAAUGAGGACAUCCGUGAGCUGGAGACAGAGCUCCCCCGACCGCAUCCCAACGAGAUCCCCCACAAUGAGAAGCUCCUGUCGCUCAAGUACGAGAGCCUGGACUAUGACAACAGUGAAAACCAGCUGUUCCUGGAAGAGGAAAGGAGGAUAAACCAUGCGGCCUUCCGGACCGUGGAAAUCAAGCGCUGGGUCAUCUGUGCCAUGAUUGGCAUCCUCACCGGCCUCGUUGCCUGCUUCAUCGACAUCGUGGUGGAGAACCUGGCUGGGCUGAAGUACCGUGUGGUGAAGGACAACAUCGACAAGUUCACAGAGAAAGGGGGCCUGUCUUUCUCUCUGUUACUCUGGGCCACUCUGAAUGCCAGUGUGGUGAUGGUGGGCUCUGUUAUCGUUGCUUUUAUAGAGCCCGUCGCUGCUGGCAGUGGCAUUCCCCAGAUUAAAUGCUACCUCAAUGGCGUGAAGAUCCCACACGUUGUCCGCCUCAAGACCCUGGUGAUCAAAGUCUGCGGGGUCAUCCUCUCGGUGGUCGGCGGCCUGGCUGUUGGGAAGGAAGGACCAAUGAUUCACUCUGGAUCUGUGAUUGCUGCUGGCAUUUCCCAGGGAAGAUCCACAUCUUUGAAGAGAGACUUCAAGAUCUUUGAGUACUUCCGCAGAGACACAGAAAAAAGGGACUUUGUCUCAGCUGGAGCUGCUGCCGGCGUCUCUGCGGCGUUUGGUGCCCCUGUGGGGGGUGUCCUCUUCAGCUUAGAGGAAGGAGCUUCCUUCUGGAACCAGUUCCUGACAUGGAGAAUUUUCUUUGCCUCCAUGAUCUCCACGUUCACUCUGAACUCUGUCCUGAGUGUUUACCACGGCAAUGCUUGGGAUCUGUCCAGCCCUGGGCUCAUCAAUUUUGGCAGGUUUGAUAGCGAGAAAAUGGGAUACACGAUCCAGGAAAUUCCUAUCUUCAUCUUUAUGGGAGUAGUUGGUGGGAUCCUGGGGGCUCUGUUCAAUGCCCUGAAUUAUUGGUUAACGAUGUUCCGGAUCAGGUACAUCCACAGGCCUUGCCUCCAGGUGAUUGAGGCCAUGCUGGUUGCGGCGGUGACGGCGGCUGUGGGCUUCGUCAUGAUUUACUGCUCUCGAGACUGCCAGCCCAUCCAGGGGAGCUCAGUGGCCUAUCCUCUGCAGCUUUUCUGUGCUGACGGAGAGUACAACUCCAUGGCAACUGCCUUCUUCAACACACCUGAGAAGAGUGUUGUCAACCUCUUCCAUGACCCUCCAGGUUCCUACAACCCCAUGACACUGGGCAUGUUCACCCUGAUGUAUUUCUUCCUGGCUUGCUGGACGUAUGGCCUCACGGUGUCUGCAGGGGUCUUCAUCCCUUCCCUGCUGAUCGGUGCUGCCUGGGGGCGGCUGUUUGGCAUCUCCCUGUCCUACCUGACCAAGGGCUCGAUCUGGGCUGACCCUGGGAAGUAUGCCCUGAUGGGAGCUGCUGCACAGCUGGGUGGGAUAGUGCGGAUGACGCUGAGUCUCACUGUCAUCAUGAUGGAAGCAACAGGCAACGUCACCUAUGGAUUCCCCAUCAUGCUGGUGCUGAUGACAGCAAAGAUUGUGGGAGAUUACUUUGUGGAGGGGCUCUACGACAUGCACAUCCAGCUGCAGAGCGUGCCCUUCCUGCACUGGGAGGCUCCUGUGACGUCCCAUUCACUCACAGCCAGGGAAGUGAUGAGCACGCCCGUCACCUGCCUGCGGAGGAUCGAGCGGGUGGGCACCGUUGUGGACAUCCUCAGUGACACCUCCUCCAACCACAACGGCUUCCCAGUGGUGGAGAGCAACCCCAACACCACACAGGUGGCUGGGCUGCGGGGUUUGAUCCUGCGCUCCCAGCUCAUUGUCCUGCUGAAGCACAAGGUUUUUGUGGAAAGGGCCAACCUGAGCCUGGUGCAGCGGCGACUGAAGCUGAAGGAUUUCCGGGACGCCUAUCCCCGCUUCCCCCCCAUCCAGUCCAUCCACGUCUCCCAGGAUGAGCGCGAGUGCAUGAUUGAUCUGAGCGAGUUCAUGAACCCCUCGCCCUACACUGUGCCGCAGGAGGCGUCUCUGCCGCGGGUGUUCAAACUUUUCCGAGCCCUGGGCCUCCGGCAUUUGGUGGUUGUGAAUAAUCACAAUGAGGUGGUGGGCAUGGUCACCCGCAAAGACCUCGCCAGGUACCGCCUGGGGAAGGAGGGACUGGAGGAGCUGUCGCUGGCACAAACGUGACGUGGGGCAGCACGACCCAGCAGAGUUGUGCCCUGGUCCCCGGCCCCUCUGAGACCAGGACCCUAUUUUGGUGGAGCAGGGAGAGGACAGGGUUGGCUUGUGGAGGCAUCACGGUGCCUGGAGCACCGACCCAGCCACACUGCCCUGGCUCUCCGUGUGUUGCUGCCUUCUCCAGUCUGCUGGCUCCCCUUCUCCUCUUCCUCACUACUUCCUCUGCUUCCCUGAGGGAUCAAAAUACACGGUUAGCUCUGUUAGCUCCUUGCAUAGGUUCGUCACGGGUUGGGUGAAGGCAGGAGUGGGCCCAGGGGAGCUGGCAUGCCCUGCUGAGCUGGGCCCAGUCUUUCUGCCACAGUCUCUGCCCUCUGUCUCUGCUGCCACCCUGGGCUGUCUGGGCCUGGCCCUGGCUGAGCACCCCCUAUGGGGCUGGGUCAGGCUGUGUGGGGAUGGGAAGUGGUGGGGCUCCUCCUGCUUCAAAGUCCCUGUCCCUUCUCCCUAUGCUGCUGCCAACUGUGGGGGUGAGCCCUGUGCCACACUCCUGCAAUUCUGCUCCUCUGGCUGGAGGAGUUCCCUGCCCUGCUGUGCAAUAAAAGGGCUCCCAUGGUUCAGCAGCUGCUGCCUCCAUCUCUUUUUUGGCUCCCUCAGCUGCUUUGCCUCUAAGGGCAAGGUGUGAGGGAUAGUGUGGCCAUGCCUGGGCUCUAAGUGGGGAGGGGAAGAGGAGAACCCCCUUUUCCUUGGGGGGUGGUGGUCCUAGAGCAUGGUCCCCUCGGACUCCUGCUCUCCUCCAAGUCCCAGAAGUGCUUCUUCAGUGAUGCUGGGUCCUCAGCUGUAUUUCUGUAUGUGCUGCAGUUUGGUCCAGACUGGUGCAGUAGCCUGGGUCCUGCUGGGCUGGGCCACAGGGGGAGACCAGUCUGUUUCUCCCUGGGUGAGGAGAGUUUCCAGCCCUCACAUCCCCCUGGUGUAACUCCCCCCCCUCUGUCUUCCUUCGCCAUCAUCACUACAGGUGCUGGCCCUAUCCCUGCUCCUUGCACUGCACCAUGCCCUGCAGUGGCAACACCCUAUGCUGUGCUCUGGGCUGAGAGCUGUGCAGGGCAGAGGAAUGCUGGUACCUGUGGGCUUCCAACCACUUCUGUGCUGAAAUAAACCCUGUUUGUACUUUUA